AUGGAAGUAAGCUCAUUAUGUGAACCAAUCCUUACCCACAGAGAUCCCAUUAAAAUAGAAGAAAAGUCUCCAAGACAUGAAACUGAAGAUAUAAUUAACUCUUUCUCUCAACUAGAAAGUUCCCUAGGCAUAGAAGAAUUCAAUGAUAAUGGUCUUCGAAAAUCACUUAUGCCUGAAUCAGAUCCAUUAAGUACAGAAACAUAUGCUGCAGUAGCCCACAUGGAUAAUGUCCAUAAAAUGGAGUCUAUGGAAACCACUACUUACAGUUUUGAAAUGCAAACUGUCAAAAGAGUAUUUAUUUGUGAAUUUUGUGAACGUGUUUUUGUGGAAGAUUCUAUUCUUAAUAAACAUCGAGAAAAGCAUUCAUCAGAAAAACCUUAUGAGUGUAAAUUAUGCCUCAACACCUUUGUCACUGAAGAAGAACUUGACAACCACAAGCAUUCUCAUAGAAAUGAUAAUAAAGCGUUUGAAUAUUCUGUAGAUUUCACUUUACCGAAGACAUAUUUGUGUGAAUACUGUGAAAGAUGUUUUCUAAAUCAAAUUAAAUAUUCAGAACACUUGAGUAUUCAUUUUGGCCCUGAACCAUAUAAGUGCAAGCAUUGUCCUGUUAUCAAAUUUCCGUCUCUUCAUGAGGCAAUAGAACAUCGAGAAAGACAUGAAGAAAUAUUACCUGAAACAGAGGAGUUUGAUUUCUUUCGUCCUUAUGAUUGUCAUUACUGUAGUAAAACCUUUGCUAUAGAAGAUGCCUUAAUAAAGCAUAUAAGAAUGCAUACAGGAGAAAAACCUUUCAUUUGUGAUCAGUGUGGUAAAGGUUUUUCACAAAGCUCUGGUUUAUACACUCAUCAAAAGGUUCAUUCUACAGAAAGACCAUAUUCUUGUUCAGUUUGCCCAAGAACAUUUAAAAUCAAAGGAGACCGUGAUGUCCAUGUCAGAAAACAUUCAGGCGAUCGUCCAUAUAAAUGUGAAUAUUGUGGAAAAGCUUUCAUGACUCAGCAUGUUUAUAGCCAACAUAAGAAAAUUCACACAGGAGAAAGACCUUAUAAAUGUGAUGUUUGUGGGAUAGCGUUUCGAAGAUCUCAUGUUUUAACAGUUCACAAAAGAAUUCAUACUGGAGAAAAACCAAAUAUUUGUCAGAUAUGUGGGAAAUGUUAUCGGCAGAAAGGAGACAUGUUGAAGCAUUGCAGGGUUCAACAUGGAAUUUUUAAUACCAAAAAAAUGGUUAAUUCAGGACGAACAAGACAUCCUGUUAUACAUGUCUCUUGGAAUGAUGCUACUGCAUAUUGUAAUUGGGCUGGAAAACGGCUUCCCACUGAAGCUGAAUGGGAAGUUGCUUGUAGAGGAGGACUUAAGGGGAGGUUGUACCCUUGGGGAAAUGCCCUCACCCCAAAUAACAAAACAAGAAUGAAUAUAUGGCAAGGAGAAUUCCCAUUGAACAAUACCAAAGAAGAUGGUUAUUUGUCUACUUCACCUGUGGAUGAAUAUUCUCCAAAUAAUUAUGGCUUGUAUAAUAUGGUUGGGAAUGUUUGGGAGUGGGUUGCAGACUGGUGGGAUGUUAAACAUAUUCCAGGAAGUCUGACUGGUCCUGAAAAAGGUACUGAUAAAGUGAAAAAGGGUGGCUCAUACAUGUGUCAUAAAACUUACUGUUAUCGACACAGAUGUGCAGCUCGUGGUCAGAAUACUCCUGAUAGUAGUGCUGGGAAUCUAGGAUUUAGAUGUGCCCGUAACGCAGAUUAAAAGCAACAUUCACACAAAUUUUAUAUUCUAGUUUAUUUAUUCAUAUUGAAAUUCGGUUUAUUCAAAUUGAAUUGGUAGGAAGAUUAUAUUUGAACUUAUGGACCCUAAAGCAUCACUUACUUUAUUUAUAAUUAUGUCACAUUAAAUGUCAAUUUUCAAGGAUAAAAUUAAUAAAACGUGAAUACUAUAUAAUAUGAUAAUUUUAAAAAUAGUCCGAACUCCAUUCUUGUUCUUUUUUGUAAUAGUAUUUGUCCAUGUUGUUCCAAAAUUCAAGUUUUUCUCUGAUAACCAAUUAGACAUUUAAUAAUAAAUUCAUCAUAGGCAUAGAUAUUCAUCUAUAUAUUAUUAAUGAAAACUGACAUUUCAUUUUAUGUAUCUAGGUAUAUUAAAAAUGAAUCAUACUCGUAGAUUAUAAAUAAUAGGAAAACAUAUUACCUUACAGUGUCAAAAAUCCCACCAUUGAAAUUAGUAAAAACUUAUUAACAUUACUUGGAGUUGGGUUGUAUACUUAUUGUAAUGUUUAUUUUGUUUUUCCAUGAUAAUUUAACAUUCCAUUUAGUUCCUAUUUUAACUUAUGUUGGACAAAGGGUAUAUUUGUUAAUGUUUUAAUAUAUUAGGUUAUUAUUAUUUUAUAUAUAUAUUUUUUUAUUUUCUUGGUUCAAAGUAUUAUUAGGUUAUUAAUUAAAUAAAUGAGUAAUAUUCUCUUGUUAGUAUGUAAUCUUUAAUAUAUAUAUUGUGAAAAUUCAUGUGAUCCUAGAUCCUAGGGUGCUAGAAGCAAUUGUUUCUACCCAAGUAUCUAUGCGCAAAUCAGAAAUAAGUCGGGAAUUUAGGGAGACCAGAAAUUACAUUGUGGACUCAUCAUUUUUUAUAUUUUGAGUGUUAUUUUUCUAUUUACAUAUUUUGUUAAUAUUACACAUUAACAGUCUAUUAUCGCCUACUUGUAGAGCUAUAAAUAAUUUAAUGUUUAUCAUAUUUAUUGAAGUUCUGUGAAGUAUAGGUUAGCUUCUUAUUCUUAUAUGAGAAUAAUCAAUAUUAUUCUUUAAAUCAAUUAUGACACAUUAUGUCAGACUGGCCUGGAAUACUUUUUUUUUAUGGUUAGGCGUUGUACAAAAUUAAUUGUGAAAAUUCAGGAAGUUUACUUCAAUCAAUACUUCCUAGUCAAUUAUUUUCCUAUGCAGGAAUUUUAUUGACAUGUAAACAAUCAGUCUGUCUGAUUUUAAAGUAAUACUGCAUUAUUUUCCAGAAUUAAAAGCAGUGUGAAAUAUUGUUAUUUAUAUAUUACAUUAUCAGAGAUUGACCCAGUAUUUUUUUAACGAGAAGUGAAGAAUUCAGAUCUUGUAUCUAUUUUUAUUAUUAUUAUUAUUAUUAAUUUAUUUUUGAGGAAAUUUGGUAAACUUUAUGAAGUAUUAUAACUGUAAACUGUAUAUAGAACUGAUAAUUAGUAUGAAUUCUGUUCUGCUGUCAAUCUAUUUUCUUUAUUUUUUUUUCAUUAUAGGUAAUUUUAAUGGUUUAAUCAUAAAUUGGAAGAUAUUGAUGAUGUUUGAUUGUGAUGAUAUAAUAAGAUAAGUGUUGGUUGGAAUCAGUCAAGAUGAAAAUCAUAGUAAAUAAAAAAGUUUUCUUUUUUGUUACAUAAGCUAAUGUUUCAGCUAAAAUUUCUAAACCAUUUUUAGUGCUUGAUUGAACUGCUCUACAAAUAAUUAUCUUUAGCUAGUUAUUAUUCUUGUUCAUAGCAAUUUUGAAUUUUAUUUCAACCUAUUAUUUUUUACAUAGAAAUUUAUUUAUUUGUUUUUUUAUUUUGAUUGCUUAAAAGUUCACCAUAUAUAUGUUUAUGUAAUGUACUGACAGAAAAAAAGAAUUAAAUUAAAAAAUAUGAAAGCUGAAUUUUAAUAUGUAACAUUACUGCAAAUUAUCCUCAGUCAAUUUAUUUUAACAAGGUAAUUCAAAAAAUCAAUAUUUCAGCAUAUUUUAAUUUUCAUUUUUUUUUUUAUUAGUAUGUGAUUCUAAACAAGAAAUUGUGAUGUUGAAAGUGACAAUCCCAUUAAUUAUAAUUAAAGUUCUAUAUUAUUUUAAUGUUUUACUGGUGUGCCAUGGAUUUGGGAGAGUGGAUGAUAAAGGGUUCUAGGUAAAUGCAAAGGUUUAUUAUUGAAAAUAAUAUGACAAAAUUAUUAUUGAUUAUUUUAAGGAUGUAUUGUUAAAAAUAAUAAACCAAAAGUGCAGUUUUAACAGAUUGUCUGUAAUGCCUGUUUUCCCAACUAGGGUCAGUUCAUCGAGUAUUCUGAAUCCCUAUGUAUUCUUAAAGGUGACCUAUUGAUUUUCUAUUGCAAUUUAGUUUAUAAUGUUAAGUUAGUGUCUUAACAUUAUUAAUUUAAUUAACAUUAGUGACAAUAAUUAAUCAGUGUCUUUAUUAAUCCUAGUACCACCAUUUUUUGCUUUGUUAUAACAUAUUUAAAUUAUAUUUUUAUUAUUCUAUUUGCUAAUUGUAGUCCUUUUUGAUCUCAUUGUGUAUGUCUAAAUUUGUUACAAUAAUAAUUCAUGUACAUUUAAUUUAUCUUUUAAAUUAUCUAUAUUUGAAAAAUAAUGUUUGUUAUUACAUAUAUAUGUAUUAUAAAUUAAUCUUACUUUCUAUUUUUUAAAGUUUUCAUAUUGCCUUAUGGAAUUUAUUUUCAAAAUUGUAUUAGCAGCAUGGGUCAAUUACUGUGCCUACAAUUACAUUUUUGAGCUUGAAUUGUCUUCCAGAUUUAACAUGGUAUUUAGCCAUUUAACAAUUGUACUUAAUGUUGUACUUAUUUUCCUGUGAUAACUUCUUUAUUAUAGGCUGACAAUAUGGUUUUUAUAUCUAUUUUCUAUGUUUGGCAUUUAACUGUAAGCAGAUUAAUAAAGUUUUUUUAUGACUUAAGUUAAUU